GGGGGCGGGGCUGGGGGGCGGGGCCGCGUGCAGAGCGGCGCCGAUGGCGGAGCGGCGCGUGUCGCGCUGGUACUUCGGCGGCCUCGCGUCGUGCGGGGCUGCGUGCUGCACCCACCCGCUGGACCUGCUCAAGGUCCACCUGCAGACCCAGCAGGAGGUGAAGAUGCGGAUGAUGGGGAUGGCAGUGCGUGUGAUCCGCACCGACGGCUUCCUGGCUCUCUACAACGGGCUCAGUGCCUCACUGUGCCGGCAGAUGACGUAUUCCUUGACUCGCUUUGCCAUCUACGAGACCGCGAGGGACCACUUGGGCCAGGGCAGCCAGGGCCCUCCCCCCUUCUACCAGAAAGUGCUGCUGGGUGCAGUGGGAGGUUUCACCGGCGGGUUCGUGGGGACCCCAGCAGACAUGGUGAAUGUCAGGAUGCAGAACGACAUGAAGCAGCCGCCCUCACUGCGCCGCAACUAUUCUCAUGCCCUGGACGGCAUGUACCGCGUCCUCCAGGAAGAGGGCUUAAAAAAACUCUUCUCCGGAGCUACGAUGGCAUCCAGCCGAGGGGCCCUAGUCACUGUUGGGCAGCUGUCCUGUUACGACCAGGCCAAGCAGCUGGUUCUCACAACUGGGUUGCUGUCGGACAACAUCUUCACUCACUUCCUGGCCAGCUUCAUCGCUGGCGGAUGUGCCACUUUCCUGUGCCAGCCCCUGGAUGUGCUCAAGACCCGCCUCAUGAACUCUCAGGGAGAGUACCGGGGUGUUACCCACUGUGCCAUGGAAACUGCCAAGCUCGGACCCCUCGCCUUCUACAAGGGCUUUGUUCCUGCUGCCAUCCGGCUAGUUCCUCACACCAUCCUCACCUUUGUCUUCCUGGAACAGCUGCGCAAAUAUUUUGGGAUCAAAGUGAUCACCUGAGUAGGAGGGACAGACCCUGCUUCACCCCAGGGGGGUGAGCAUACAGGUCACUGCUGAGAUCCCAGAACCCCUCUCUACUGUCUAAGGCCAGUGCUGCUCCUUUACCCCUCAUCCCCACUCCUGUGCCUUGCCAGUGUCUGUGGCCAGGCAGUCCCAGACUCCCUUUUCCUGUCACCCCUAUUCUCAGCAUCUGUUACCUCUGGUAUAGUCUUGGGCCCCUUGUCCCCUCUGCACUGUUGGUUUGGGUUUUUUUUGCUAUCUUCCUUGUGCCCUCCUGGCCACAAGUUCUGUCUUUACCUCCCUCUUCCCUGUUCCUUGUGCACCUCCGGGAACAGAGGAUCUGCCCUUCUGCCUCUCUGCCUGGUCACAGAGCCUAUGGGGCUGGUGGGCCAGCAACCACGCUGCAGUGUCCCCCACACGCUGGGGGAAGCAGGGCAGCUGGCGGGUUCCCAGCCCCUCAUGCAAGCAGGAGGGGGAGACACAGGUUUAGCGCUGUGAGGGCCUGUCCUCCCUCAGUGCCUCUGGCCCUGUGUGCUCCUCCACUGGGAUCAGCACAACCUGGCAUCCCCGCUCUGCUUCCUUCCUGGCCUCCCCCACCACCGCCUGCUUCAGCUCAGCCAAAACUCACCAGCGCCCAACGGCUGCUGGGCUCUUCAGGGAUUGUGCCUCGUACCAAUGAUGACAGAGAACGGACCCCAGGGGGGAGUGGCAGCCCUUGGGCCACUCUGCGCUGCUGGCCAGGUGCAGGCUGGAGCCCUUCUCUCCUGGCCUGCCCUUGCCCAGGGCAAGGCUGGCAGCUGUGCCGCUGACCCCCACCCCAGCCAGGGCCAGGCAGCACCUGCUCGAGGACCUGGCACUCACCCACAGCACACUCACCCCGGCCCCCAGCCCUGGCCUUGAGUGAGGGUGUCCAUCCAGCACUGUGCUGCAGCCUCACCCCCUCCUCAGCCCCUCACAUUGGGGCAGACCCCCAGCCCCUGAGUGUGCCAAGGCUGCCUUAUGGCCCUCCCUCACCCUGCACCAUCCUGCCUGUGGGGGCUGCAGGCACCAGCCCUUCUGCCCUGUGCACCACUCUCUGUGCGUGGUCGCCCCAAGGGAUCAAAGAACUGGAAUAUCUGUGACCUUAAUAUGUAUUAUAAUAAACAGUAGUGCAAGUCCA